UUAUCUACCUUACUACUACUACUACUAUUACUACUACCGUUUCAUCAACCCAAUCCAUAUCUCUUACUAUUCUAUCUUCUUCCUAAGCUUCAAUACAAUGGCCUCUCUUUCAGCCACCUCUCUUACCUUUCAACCCUCUUUCAAAUUCUCUACAAGCACUAACCAGGUUUCUUUCAGAACUUCAAGUUUUGGUGCAAUUUCUGUGGGAUGUACAAGGAGAAGCUUUCCUUCGUUGAGAUCUUCUCGUUUCCGCAUUUGUGCAAUUCAGGCACAACCUGAGACAGUGGAGAAAGUGAGCAAAAUUGUGAGGAAACAACUUGCUUUGACUCCUGAAACCAAGCUUACCCCAGAAACCAAGUUUUCAGAACUUGGUGCUGAUUCUCUUGACACUGUGGAAAUAGUGAUGGGUUUAGAGGAAGAGUUUAACCUUAAUAUUGAGGAUGAUAAUGCUGAAGACAUCACAACAAUUCAACAAGCAGCUGAUUUGAUAGAGAAAUUGAUUCAAAAGAAAGAUUAAGCUUAAGAGUUGAACCUAAUGGAAGCUCUACGGAAAAUACUUCUAGAGGUGAAGAGCAACUGAGUUAAGAUAAGAUAAUCAUCAGCAAAUUUAUUUUUGGACAUUUUUUGUGCUUAUGCCUAUAUUCUUUAGGAAGGAGAUUGAAUAUUUUUUAAAUUGUAACUUGGUUAACUUGCUAUUUGUUGCAAGCAUGGUGACAGAAAAUGUUUUAUAUUUAUUGGACUCUAAGAUAAGAUAAGAUAAGCAUGUCAUCUGCGUUUUUAGGUCAA